UUCCCCACACCACUAGACACUCGUAUAUGAGAGAGAGAGAAAGAAAGAGCUUUUAGCUAAUAAGAAUGACUGGGUAAAUCUUGCUUUGGCUGCUGAAAACUUUGCAAUUCCCAUCAAACUUUCAAACCAGAGAGAGAGAGAGUACUUGAGAAUAAUCACAGAUAUGGGUGAAGAGAACAAAGAGGAAAAGAAGGAGGAAGAAAAGAAAGAGGAAAGGAAAGAAGAAAAGAAAGAGGAAGAGAAAAAGGAGGAAAAGAAAGAAGAAGAGCCUCCAGUGAUUGUACUAAAGGUUGAUAUGCAUUGUGAAGCUUGCGCUAGGAAAGUUGCAAGAGCCUUGAAGGGUUUCGAAGGUGUGGAGGAAGUAACCACAGAUAGCAAAACUAGCAAAGUGAUAGUGAAAGGCAAGGCAGCAGACCCCAUAAAGGUGUGCGAGAGAUUACAAAAGAAAAGUGGCCGAAAAGUAGAGUUAAUCUCUCCUUUGCCUAAGCCUCCGGAGGAGAACAAGGAAACCAAAGAAGAGAAAAAAGAACAGAAAGAAGAAGAGAAAAAAGAAGAGCCUCCCACUCCUAUAACGGUUAUAUUAAAAGUUCGAAUGCAUUGCGAAGCAUGCGCUCAAGUUUUGCAGAAGCGAAUCAGAAAGAUCAAAGGUGUGGACUCAGUGGAAACAGACCUGGGAAACGAUCAAGUGAUAGUAAAGGGCAUUGUUGAUCCCGCCAAGCUAGUCGACGACGUGUACAAGAAAACCAAAAAGCAGGCUUCAGUAGUGCCGGAAGAGAAGAAGGUAGAAGAGAAGAAGGAAGAGGAGAAGAAGGAAGAGAAAGAAGGCGAAAAGAAGGAAGGCGAAGAAGGCAAAGGAGAGGAAGAUAAGAAGAGCGAGGUAAAGAAGAGCGAGUACUGGCCGUCCAAGUACUACUUGGAGUUGGAGUAUGCUUAUCCUCCUACUCAGAUUUUCAGCGAUGAGAACCCCAACGCUUGCUCUGUCAUGUGAGUGUGACCGAUUGAUAUAAUGUUGUGCGUACCUUUGUUUGGUAAAAUAUUUAGCUGAGGCCUUCAAUUAUGCAAUUUUCUAUGUACUUAAAUGUAGUAAUAAGAUGACCAUACUGAAGGAAAGAACGAGAAGCUAGCAAGCUAGGGUUUGUGCCAUCUGGGCAUCCCUGUAAUUUGUUUGUCUAAUUGUACUCUGAAUAUUUUUGAAUUCGAAAGUAUGUGUGUGUACAUUGAACAAAUUUGCCGUUUCUCUGUAGUUUCGGUAAUAAGUCACGUCCUAAUUGGCGCCAAUUUU